UUACACGGUCAAUCGAUACUAAAUUUUACUCUUAAACGUGCUUUUGAGAAGGAGGACUCAGUAUUGUGGCGCUCUUUACGGAAUAAGCCUCCUAGCAAUGGUCAUCAGAAGUGGAGCUGCCUCUUAUUCUAUGUCGUCACAAUAACUUGUUACAAUAACAACAUAGGACAACCGACACAGUCUGGUGCAGGCGCGCGCGCAAACCGGUCUCCUUGUAUCAUUAUACACUUUCUAGGUGAUAUGGGACCAUUGGAACUGUAUGCAAACUACCUAUAUAAACUUACAAAUUAUGGACCGUUGGACGGGUAAGACCGCAGUGGUGACAGGAGCCAGCGCCGGCAUCGGAGCGGCGAUCUGUGUGGCGCUGGCCAACGCUGGGAUGACAGUCGUUGGCUUGGCCAGGAGAGCCCCUCUAGUAGAUAAUUUGAAAAGCCAACUAAAUGGCAAGGGCAGCCUGCACUCUAAGCAAUGUGACGUGUCAAAGUUGGAGGACAUCACGGCCGCCUUCCAGUGGGUGGAGGACACCUUCGGAGGCACCGACGUGUUGGUCAACAACGCCGGCGUGUUCCACCAGGGACAGUUUACUGAUUUGGGUGACAAGAUGAUGAGCGAUGAGGAAAUUAUAUCGACUAUCGAUACCAACCUCAAAGCGGUCGUCUUUUGCACACGGCGAGCCCUUGCUUCCAUGAAGAAGAGGAACUUUGACGGCCAUAUAGUCAACAUUAACAGCAUCGCUGGUCACUACAUCCCCUUCUCCUCUUUGUUCAACCUCUACCCGAGCACGAAGCACGCGUCCUGUGCUUUCACAGCCUCGCUGCUCAACGAGUUAGCGGAUUUCAAGAACAAGAUCAAAGUUACGAGCAUUGCCCCAGGACUAGUGGACACCGCUAUGGCGGAGGAGGCAGCCAAAUACUUCCCUACAUUGAGAGCAAGCGACGUCGCCGACGCUGUACUGUACGUCGUCUCGACGCCGCCUAACGUUAAUAUCAACGAAUUGAGUAUUUCCCCGGUGUCGGAGAAAAGGCUUUGAUAUCAACGCUUUGCUGCAAUCAAUAUUCUAAUAUUGUUAUCAUUAUCACUACAUAUUAUAAAGCCUUCUGUUUUCUUUGUCUGUAUGUAUGAGAUAAUCUCGGAAUGUUAUGGACGGAUUUUGUUCCUAUUUUAAAUAUUGGAAAGAGGUUUUUCUGGGGAAGGUCCGGGACCGGGACCGGGAUAAGUGACCCUUAUUGGCGAAAAAUUAGGUAACUUCUAUUUCCAUAUAUUAAACAUGUUGACGAAGCACUAAGUAAGUAUAUAAAUGAAGUCCGACCAAAAGUGUUAUGAAGAAAUUGUUAUAAUUUUACGAAUAAAUGAUAACUAAUUUUUUUUAAA